AUGGGGAAGCUACUAUCGAAGAUCUUCGGUAACAAGGAGAUGAGGAUAUUGAUGCUGGGGCUCGAUGCUGCUGGAAAGACUACUAUUUUAUAUAAGUUAAAAUUAGGUCAGUCAGUCACAACGAUACCGACAGUCGGUUUCAACGUUGAAACCGUCACGUAUAAAAAUGUCAAAUUCAAUGUGUGGGAUGUUGGGGGGCAGGACAAGAUACGACCGCUAUGGAGGCAUUAUUACACAGGUACGCAGGGCUUGAUAUUCGUGGUGGACUGCGCUGACCGCGACCGCAUCGACGAGGCGCGGCAGGAGUUGCACCGGAUCAUAAACGAUCGUGAGAUGCGCGACGCGAUCAUACUCAUAUUCGCCAAUAAGCAGGACUUGCCUGACGCGAUGAAGCCGCACGAGAUACAGGAGAAGCUCGGGCUGACGCGUAUCCGUGACCGCAACUGGUACGUGCAGCCGUCGUGCGCCACGUCGGGCGACGGGCUGUACGAGGGGCUCACGUGGCUCACCAGCAACCACAAGUUAUGA